GCAGCACUAGGAAAGAAAACGUGGACCUUUGGCAACUCCAUUCGUGAAGAACCCUAUUUUCUCGUGUGUAUGCGGUGCUCUCGCGAGUAAAUGUGCUCAGGUCGGCGUCUUCUGCUUCAGCGCCCUUAGCAAUGAGGGCGUUGGUUCAAAGGGUUGCCUCUGCCAGCGUCGAGGUGGAAGGUUGCAUGGUUUCGCAGAUCGGACCUGGUCUGCUGGUUUUGGUGGGUCUUCACGGCUCCGAUAUCGAUUCAGAUGCUGAUUACAUUUGUAGAAAAGUUCUGAACAUGAGGCUUUUUCCAAAUGAGAAGAAUGGAAAGGCAUGGGAUCAAAAUGUUAUGCAGAAACACUAUGAAGUUCUUUUAGUGAGCCAAUUUACUUUGUAUGGCAUUCUCAAAGGAAAUAAGCCAGAUUUUCAUGUGGCCAUGCCCCCUCAAAACGCAAAGAUCUUUUAUGCUUCUUUAGUGGAUAAGUUUCGUAGAUCAUACAAUGUGGAUGCUAUUAAAGACGGUGUUUUUGGAGCCAUGAUGAAGGUUCACUUGGUAAACGAUGGCCCAGUCACCAUGCAACUUGAUUCUUCAGGACCAUCUGAGAGUCCAAAUGAAGCACCCUACGAUGAACCAUGAUUUGAGUUGGCAAAAGUUGUAUAUGGAAGGCUCAACAAAUAUCAAAUUGUCCACUUGAAAUGCUAGCAAAAGUAAACUCCCAAGAAAUGCUCAAGAAUUCGUAAUAUGGUUGCAGGUAAGAGCAAAAGCGUUGGUUAUAUCCUGCAAUUGCCUUUUCUUUCUUGGCUAAGUUUGUAAUUGUCAAAGUUAGUUGGGUUGUAUAAACAUGAUAUAUGAGCAACCCAACCCAGUGCUAGGAUGUUUGUUUACAUUUUGGUAAUUUAUUUUGUCAGCCCAUUUUUCAACAAAAUCAAUGUCAUCAACAUUUCUUUUUUCUGAAAUGAACAUGUUGCGCAAGACAAA